UGGGGACACAUGGAGAAGGACAGUAUGGCGUAUUUCUUACAACUUGAUUUCUCUCUCUCUCUCCCCCAAAACCCCUAUUUAAUAAGCAGCUUAGCCCACUGCUUUCCCCCAUGCAAUUGUCUUCUUCAACCCUAGUAACAAUACAUCACUACUUUCCCCAAACUUUCUUUCCGCAUUUUCCUUCUUUUCUUGCAUGUUAUCUUACCUCCCUGUCCAUAACCUGACCCAAACAAUCCUCUUUUUAUCCUCCUAUAUAUAUCUUAUUUGUUUCGCUUCCAUCUACCUGUAUUGUCUAACACUUAUAUAUCUAUAAAUAAAUAAAUAAAUUAUAGAUAAGUUAAGUAUGUCAAGCAGAAGGUCACGUUCGAGGCAGUCCGGAGUUUCAAGGAUCUCUGAUGAUCAGAUCAGCGAUCUUGUAUCAAAACUGCAACAACUUAUUCCUGAGGUUCGGUCUCAGCGCUCCGACAAGGUAUCGCCUUCUAAGAUUUUACAGGAGACUUGUGACUAUAUUAGAAGCUUACACAAGGAGGUUGAUGAUCUUAGCGACCGUUUAUCCGCACUGUUAGCUGCGACAGACAGCAAUAGUGCUGAAGCAGCCAUAAUUCGGAGCUUACUUAUGUAAUAGAGCUUAAUAAUUUGUUAAUCUUCACAUCUUAUAUGUACUUAGGGUUUGGUCACUAGGCCUUAUGGAAGGGAUGAACAUGGGCUGUACAGCUCCAUGAUAUGCAUAUCCCUUUCAACCUGUACUACCAGUCAUAUAAUAAACUCAUCAUAUAUAGAAUAAAAAAACUUCUACAUGAGUACUUAAAUUAA